AAUGGUGGGCGUACAGACGUUCAUUGAUAAAAAUUAAGAUUAGAAUUAUAGAUUGCUACAAUAAUAUUGACAAAUUUAAGGUAAAAAGCGAGAACGACCGUGUGCAGCAUGGCUCAGUUGAAGGCUCCAUCGCUGCAAUCGCUGCUAGAAUCAGAUCGCGGCUCCACGGACAGUUUGCAACUUGAUUUUGAGUUCGAAGGCCUGGACGAUGUCGAGUUUGCCAUACCACCCACCGACUUGCCCACUCUCGAAACGGUGCUCAGCGAAUUCGAGGCAGACUCCGACGUGGCAUCAGAGCUUGGAAUGCCGGUGCCGAGAGCAACGCCAACGCCCUCGAUUGGCGAGGAUUGCGGCGUACGCGGUGAUGGACGAGGCGGCAGUAGUUCUGGCUCCAUAAUGCGAUAUACCCUGCUCCAUGGAAUCUCCGCCCAACUAACUUCCGCUGCUGAGCGUGUCAAUGCUGGGGCAGCCAGCGCCUGUGCCGUCGCAGCUUACAUAGCUGUAGGUACCUCGCACGGUCACUUACUCAACUUCGAUGUGACCCAAACGCUACGCUGGGCUCACCAGGACAAGCAUGGCCAAGGAGCCGUUUCUAGUCUAGCUUUCAAUGCCGAUUCCACACGCCUACUAGCGGGAUUUGCACGUGGCUUGGUCGCCAUGCUGGACACCCAAACGGGCGAUGUGCUACGCGAACUGUUCGAUGUGAUAACGCCCAACAGCGGAGUGCUGCAUGUCAAGUGGACAUCACGCUCCUCACUGGCGCUCUGCGCGGAUGCUGGCGGCUCUGUGUGGUCUUUGAGCUUUACACGUAAAUUAGGCAUCAGGGGCUGCAGCUCACGCUGUUUGUUCUCUGGCGCGCGUGGCGAGGUUUGCGCCGUAGAGCCGCUUAUCAUGGACGCUCAUGGACGGCAUGAACUGGACCAGUACUGCAUAGUGGCCUUGGCUACGCUCUCUAAAUACUUUAUAGUCACAGUGCGUCCACGUCUGCGUGUUAUCAAGUUCCAUGCGCUGCAGGGACCAGCUGAUUGCUUACCUCUGCUGGCGUGGCAUCUGGUGCUUAUACAAGCGGCUGACACAACUCGCUCUGUGGAUCCUGUCAUAGUCGUUGGUCGUGGCAAUCAACUCUUCUUUCAUCAGCUCUUUGUAGCCAAUGGACGCAUAACUUUGCUCUAUCUACGGCAUGUCCAGCUGCAUAGCAGCCUCCUCUCCGCCCACUGGCUGGGUCCAAAGUGUGUUGCAUCAUUGGACACCUCGGAGAUAUUGCAUUUGGUGGAUGUGCGCUCCAGUCGGGAGCUGGAGUGCAUGGACAUGGCGAAUGCUGGUCUGGUUUACGGCUCGGCACAAUUUAAAGGUUUGGCCACUGGCGGCAACGUUUCACCCGCCUUUGCCUUGGCCGGCACUAACGCAUGCUAUAACUCUGUGGUGUCUCGGGGCACGCAGCUCUAUGUGCUCGGUGCGCGUUCGCUCCAUAUCAUUGGUGUACGCACCUGGUCAGAGCGCAUUAGUUAUUUGGUGAAAAACCAUCGCUGGCAGGAGGCGUGUCAGCUGGCCUUGGAUGGGUAUGUCGCCUCUGUGGAACGACCACGCAAACGCGCCCAGGCCAAGGAGCGCAUAAUAAUGCUGUUCAAGGAGUACAUAGCCAAUUCAGCACGUGCGCCCGAUUAUUGCCUUGGCGCUAUUGUCAAUUGCCUGAUAACCAUUGGUGAACUGGAUCUGUUGUGGACGCAACUGUGGGAACGGCUGCACAACAACACGGAGCUCUUCUUGCAGCACAUCUCUGAGCACAUUGAACAGGAGACCAUACACAGUGUUAAUCCAGUCAUAUCGCAGGCUCUUGUGGACUACUGGCUGCAACAUUCGCCUGCCAAAUUGGAGCAGUUGAUUUUAAAGUUAGACUGGAUGUGCUUGGACUUGAAUCAGGUGUUGAAAGCAGUCAGGAAGCAUCAGCUCUACCGUGCGCAACUCUAUCUUAAUGCUUGCGCUUUGAAUGAUUACACAACGGCGUUGACGGAGUUGUUACCCCCAUUGCGGCCGGAUCAAACGGAUCUAGGCAACUGUCUAUUAGUUUAUAUAUCCAGCUGCUUGGCCGGACGGCGUUUUCCAAGCGGCGAUAUACCAGAGGACCAGGUGCAGCAGGUCAAGAAUGAUGUAUUGCGCUGCCUCACCUCCCAGCACUCGAGUGCCAGCCCCGUUGAUGAACUGCCCUAUCCAUAUCUGCGCGCUCUACUAAAAUUCGAUACGCGCGAAACUUUAAAUGUCAUCUCGUUGGCUUUCCAGGAGCGCGAGUUCAGCAACGAGCUGGGCUACUCUCAUCGCAAACGUAUCAUAUAUCUGCUACUCGAAAUUAUGACGCCCGAAAAUGCGACGUGGGCGGAAAUUGGUUGCUUGCUGAACUUUAUAGCACAGCAGAUAUCGACACAGUGCCUGCCUCGUGAUAAGCAACUACUGGAACGUGUGCUCAGCUACCUGGCACAAGAGAACAUUGCCAAUGAGAGUGCGCGACAGCAUUCAGAGCGAGAGAGCGCUUGGCACGAGCUGCUCUCCAGCAAUUGCCUUGCAGACAUCAGCAGCGAUGAGGAACAGUUGGAACUGGCACAACGAGCACACUGCUACUAUGUUGUAGAGUAUUUGUUGGAGAAGUUGCAGCGGUACGACAACAUGCUCGAUUGUCUCAUACACAAUUCGGCGCGACAUGAAACGAUGUUUGCCUAUAUGGAACGUCAUGUGGGCAACAGCGAGCGCUUGAUCUAUGCGCAGCUGCGGGACCAUCUGGGAGAACUGCUGGAGAUUAAUGCUACGGAAACGACGCGUCUUAUUGCAUUGCAUUAUCCAGGCAAGAUUAGUGAACUGGUGGAGCUGCUUAGUAAAAAGAAGCCACUGCUGUUUCGUCUGCUGCAGUGCCUCAAUGACAGACACUGCGAAUUGCUGCCAACGCAAAUGGAGCUGCUACUCGAACUGUACUGUAAUUUGGAAGAAGCUGAUGUCGUGAUUGAAUUUUUACGCACCAGCGCGGGCUAUCGCCUAAAUAAAGCCAUAGACAUUGUGGAACGGCAUCAGCUGAAACGAGCCGUCAUCUACCUGUACGAGCAGCAGGAGUGCUAUGCGAAAGCCUUUGAUCUAUCCAUGGAACUGUUGCACGCUGCCGACGUGGACGCUGCUGAAAAGGAAGCUAAGCAAAUUGCAGAGCUACUGGCGCGCUCGGCCCAGACAUUACCUGAGAAGCAGUUGGAGCACUGUUGGUUUACCUUGUUGCAGUAUAUACUGCCACAGCAGGAGCUGCAGUCGAUCACCAAGUCCAUGCUGCACGAGGCUUCGCAGCACAUUGAUCUUCACAAUCUGGUGCAGCUAAUCAUGAACACACAUAAUGUAUCCAGCAGCUUUGGUGACAUAAAGGACCUGUUGAUGAGUAUGCUGAUUAGUUCACGCCAGGAGACGGAAGCGCUACGCCAGGCCGCCGAUAUACUCUGCCAGAAUCUUCACACAGAGUUCGCCGAGCAGCGGCAUAUGGCUCGUCGCGGUCUCUGGGUGACCAGCAUGCGAUGUCUCAUUUGCCGCCAGCGCUUAUACGACCAGACCCAGGUCCUUGUAAUGGGUCCAUGUGGACAUGCGCUCCACGAACGUUGUUGGAAUGAAGCAACACCGCUUCAGCAAUGUCCACGCUGUGAAGAACCGCUGCCGUUCGAACAGGAUUCCGUGCAUCAGUUGUCAAUUGUACGCUUGCCAUGUCCCAGUCAGCAUUUACUAAAAAGCUCUAAUACUAUGGAACUGGGCUCGCUACAGCUAAAGGCGCCGCCACGACGUUUCUGCUAGGCAUAGCGUACCAAUGCGUGUAUGUAAAUUCCUAAUAUAUUUAUGUAUAUUCCAUAUUUAUAUAUUGCCAUUGAAUGUAAUUAUCGUACCUCUAAUUAGUUCUGUUUGUGUAAGUGUAAAUGCAGCGUCAAGUAUUAUGGAUAAAUGUCCCGAAAGUUUCUGUUCCAGAUGUUCUGUGUAUAAACUAGCAUCGAUAAUGCUUAAAUGCUCAAUGUGUUGUCAACAAUUCAGUCUAUAAAUAUAUCUUAUUCACUUAAAUAAACAA